AUGGCAGAAGAACUACUAAGCAUUCCCAACGAUCUUCGUCACCUUCGAGCAUGUCUUUUGUGUUCUUUAAUAAAGUCUUUUGAACAAUUUGAGUUUGAUGGCUGUGACAACUGUGAAGAGUUUCUCGGAAUGAAAAAUAAUCGUGAAAUGGUGUACGAUUGCACCUCCAACAACUUUGACGGGAUGCUUGCACUGACAAAUCCCGAUGAAAGUUGGGUUGCUAAAUGGAAAAAAAUAAAUCGCAAGUGUAUGGGCAUCUAUGCCAUCAGCGUUUCUGGCCGCUUGCCGCCCGGAAUUGUCCGUGAACUAAAAAGUCGCGGCGUUGUAUAUCGUUCUCGAGACAACUCUACCAAUGUUUGA